AUGAGCAUCCAAAUUAGCAAUGUCAAUCAAGUAAAGGGCGGCAUGGGGGGCUUUGUGCCCGCGGCACUACUGGCUGAGUUUUGCCAAACGGACAAAGGGCAACCGUUCCCGUUGUGGCAGGAUGGACACGUGGGGAUCUGUUUCAAUCAGUUAGUGCUUGGCACCUUGCCCCACACUGUCAUGGCUGCCGUGGCUGGCUUCUACUUGGGCGUGGCCAGGUGCCGCUCAGCGCCGGCGCCGAUUUCUUGCGGCUGGACUCUACGGCUAUUGUCGUCCAUGCUUGCGUGGCUGUUGUUCGUCGCCGAUGUGGCGGUGGCGGUUGUGGCCUGGCAGGCGGACAUGUACCCGGAUGCCCUCGCCAGCAGCUUUGGUGCUGUGGCUUGGCUGCUCCACGCGGGCGCGGUGGCAGCCCUCCCGCGAGGGAAGAGAGGGCCUCGACCACUGACCUUUUCGGUACUCCUGGGUGUCCCUUACCUGGUCUUCACCUUCAUGUUCUACCUCAAAAGAAUCCUGCCCGUGACGCCGCCUGACCCCCUCCAGUUAACCCGUUUGGUGCUGGUCGCCAUCCAGGUGUUCUCUGUUCCACUUUAUCUCCUGGGAGCGGCGAGUCCUCUGCCACAAGGACCUGUGUUACACAUCCAAGACGAGGCUGGAUUGCCGCUGAUUACUGAGGAGGACACCGGAAAUAUGGUGGCGGAGGACGGUAGCAGCUGCUUUUCCCGCCUUUUCUACCUCUGGUUGACACCUCUCCUACAGCGGGGGCGGCGGGGCGACUGGGCGGUGUGUCAAAGGGGGACUGCAAAUCACGGAACGGCAGCGCCCGAUCCGUGGCCUCGGCCCGUCCCCAACUUUCAGGAGGAACUGCCCGAGCUCGAGGGGGACGUCAGCCUGCUGCGCGUCCUGCACGUCGCCUUUGGGGGGCGUUAUUACGCCCUAGGUGUAAUGAAGCUGGCUGUGAAUAUGCUGAGGUUCUGCGGGCCUCUCCUGCUGAGCCUCUUGGUGGGCUUCAUGGAGGACGCGAAGGCCCCGGUCAGCAGGGGUGCCUGGUACUGCGUCGCCCUCUUCGCCAGCGCCCUCUUCUGUGCCAUCCUCCAGAAUGUUUUUGCCUUCCAGGUUUCCAAGGUGGCGCUGUCCGCCCGCGCCGCCCUGGUGUCAGCCAUUUACAGCAAGGCGCUGCGAGUGGGCGGGGCUGAUCUGGCCCGCCUGGCCUUGGGGGAGGUUGUCAACCUGAUGAGCGCCGACACGGACCGUGUGGUCAACUUUUUCAACAGUUUCCACGAGCUGUGGAGCCUUCCUUUCCAGCUCGCCAUCGCCCUCUACCUCCUCUACUUGCAGGUGGGCGUGGCCUUCCUGGGUGGGCUUGGAGUGGCCUUGCUGUUGGUCCCUUUCAAUAAGUUUCUGGCGUCUCGCAUCCUCAGCAACAAUCAAGACAUGCUGCGUUACAAGGACGCCCGUGUUAAGUUGAUGACUGAGAUCCUGUUUGGGAUCCGGGUCAUCAAGUUCUACAGCUGGGAGGCCCACUUUUCCCAUAAGGUGUCUGAAUGUCGCCGCGGGGAGCUGGCCCACCUCAAGGCGGUCAAGUAUCUGGACGCCAUGUGCGUGUACACGUGGGCCGCGCUGCCCGUGCUCAUCUCCAUCCUUACCUUCCUCACGUUUGUGCUCCUGGGAAACCAGCUCACCGCCGCCAAGGUGUUCACUACCUUGGCUCUAGUAGGAAUGCUGAUAGUUCCUCUCAAUGCGUUCCCUUGGGUGCUGAACGGCAUCCUGGAAGCCAAGGUGUCCCUGGAGCGCAUCCAGCGCUUCUUCAAACUCACCAACCAGGAUCCACAGGCCUACUUUGCCCUGGUGUGGCCUGAAGAUGAUCGCACGGCGGUGCUGUUGAGUCAGGGGACAUUCAGCUGGAAGGGGCCCCAAGACAACACUGAAAGGGAACACGGCACACUCUCUGGAGGUCUGCUGGUACUGCACAACCUCAAUCUGAACAUAAGAAAGGGGUCCUUGACCGUAGUGGUUGGCAAGGUGGGAUGCGGGAAGAGUUCCUUCCUGGCUGCCAUCUCAGGAGAACUCAGCAGGCACAGCGGCGUGGUUUACGUGGCUGAUCGUGAACGCGGCCUGGGUUUGGUGACGCAGGAGCCGUGGAUCCAGCACGCCUCCGUGAGGGACAACAUCCUGUUUGGCAAAAGCUAUGACGCUUCCUUCUACCGGGCUGUGGUGGAGGCCUGCGCUCUGACCGACGACCUCGCUAUUUUGCCGGACGGUGACCGCACCGAAGUGGGCGAGAACGGAGUCACCCUGAGUGGGGGUCAGAAAGCCCGAUUGGCCCUUGCCAGAGCAGUUUACAUGGAUAAAGACGUGUACCUCCUGGACGACCCGCUGGCUGCGGUGGAUGCUCAGGUGGCUCGUCACCUCAUGCGUAACUGCAUUCUGGAGCUGCUCGCGGGAAAGACAAGAAUCCUUUGCACUCACCGCAUUGAGUUGGUGAACGUUGCUGACAUGGUCGCCCUCAUGGAGAAUGGCACCAUCACCAAGAUAGGUUCGCCAGCAGAGAUCCUUCCUUUACUAGAAGCUGCACCCAAGCAACACAAUACGGAACGUGACUGCGAAAAAAAAGGAAGUGAGGACGAGGAGCAGAAGAUUGCUUUCAGCGAGCUCCAUCUAGACGAUGACGUCAGCGAUCGUUCAGGGUUGGAGAAGAUGCAGGCAGGAAGCUUGUCUUGGAAAGUGUACCAAACUUAUUGGGUGGCAGUGGGUGGAGUCCUGGCCACUUCCAUUAUGAUGUCUCUACUCGCCAUGCAAGCCUCCAAGAACGUUUCAGACUGGUGGUUGUCUCACUGGAUCUCAGCGCUGAAGAGCAACUCUUCUGCCGAUAGCAACCGUUCCUGCUCCGGAUCGUUGGGCUCACCUCACCUGGUCUUGUUUACUGGCGGAAGCUUCACGUCUUCCAUGUCGCCUUUGCCCAAACCGAGCAGUGAGGUUCGCUUCUACCUGGCGGUGUACGGCGGCCUGGCAGGGGCCAACACUGUCUUUACCGCCCUGCGAGCCUUCCUAUUUGCAUAUGGCGCUAUCUGUGCUGCCACAGCCAUCCAUGACAGACUCCUGAAUCGCGUCAUUAAGGCCACGGUGAGCUUCUUUGACACGACACCGCUGGGCCGUAUCCUCAACCGCUUUUCGUCAGACGUGUACAGCGUGGACGACAGCCUACCUUUCAUCCUUAACAUCCUGCUGGCUAACGUCUUCUCCCUUCUGGGGACGCUGGCAGUGAUGAGUCUGGCGUUGCCGUGGUUGCUGCUGGCACUGCCCCCUUUGGCGCUGCUCUACUUCAGCACGCAGCGCUUUUACAGACACACCUCCCGUGAGCUCAAGCGUCUGUGCAGCGUCACGCUGUCGCCCGUCUACUCGCACUUCUCGGAGACGCUCGGCGGCCUCGCCACCAUUCGGGCCAGCCGUAGCAGCGCCAGAUUUGAGGAGGAAAGCGUGCGUCGCUUGGAGGAGAACCAACGCUGCUUGUUCCUGAGCAACGCCGCUACGCAGUGGUUGGACAUCCGUCUGCAGCUCAUUGGCGUCGCUGUGGUGACCAGCCUUGCUAUUAUUGCCGUCAUACAGCACAGCUUCAAUGUGGUUGACCCAGGGCUGGUGGGUUUGUCGCUGUCGUACGCCCUGUCCAUCACUGCGCUGCUGUCAGGCCUCAUCUCCAGUUUCACGCAGACGGAGAUGCAAUUGGUAAGCGUGGAGCGAGCUCACGAAUAUUCCAGCCAACUGCCGGAGGAACCUCAACAACAGAACCCACAAUUGGGGUUGUCUUGGCCCCAGCAUGGAAUCGUGGAGUUCCGUCAUGUCGUGUUAGCAUACAGGGAAGGUCUUCCCAACGCUUUGGAUGGUGUGAGCUUCAUAGUACGGGCCGGUGAGAAAGUAGGCAUUGUGGGCCGCACGGGCUCAGGAAAGUCUUCUUUGUUCGCGGCCCUAUUCCGCAUGGUGGAAGUAAACGGGGGAGAAAUCCUUCUGGAUGGAUUGGACGUCAGUAGUGUGGGCCUCACUCAGCUCAGGUCCAGACUGGCCAUCAUUCCUCAGGACCCCUUUCUGUUCAGCGGGACCGUCCGGGAGAAUCUGGACCCUUGCGGGCGGCACCAGGACCAGCAGCUUCUAGAAGUUCUGGACCAGUGUCACCUCACCUCAGUGGUCAAUGCCAUGGGCGGUUUGGAUGCUGAGCUUCAGGACCGAGGCCGGACUUUCUCUCUCGGCCAGCGACAGCUGCUGUGCCUAUCCAGAGCACUGCUCACUCAGGCCAAGGUUCUCUGUGUGGACGAGGCUACGGCCAGUGUGGACCAGAAGACAGAUAAACUGCUGCAGAAGACCAUUGCGGACAGAUUUCGGGAUAAGACUGUGCUUACCAUUGCGCAUAGGAUCAACACCAUCAUGGACUGCGAACGCGUGCUGGUGAUGCAUGCUGGGAAGGUUGUGGACUUCGAUAUGCCGGCAGCCCUCUGCCAGAAGGACAACUCAGUCUUCCAGCGGCUCCUCGGCGGGGAGGGAAAGACAGCGGGACCAAAAAAGAACAUUUGA